GCCUCUUUUUUUUUUCUUUUUUUUGCUUGUGUCUUCCCUCCUGGUGUGGGUUUGUGACAUUCUUCCAUUCGGUCGUUUCUUCGCUUGUCAAUAUAAAUCGACCAUUUCGUGACCAAAUUAUGCGCAGGCAAAGUCCUACUCUGAACAACCUCUUUAGAACUGUAUAAUACCUCUCCGUGUUCGCAACCCCCCCCCCCAUUUUGAUCCAUAGACUGUACAAAGUAAUUACAUCUUCCCUUUACAUAUACGAUACGAACCCAACCCAAUAACCCCCUCAAACUAUGCCGUCAGAAAAGACUUUGACACCGACAAUAUGCUUUGGAGACAUUAGCCGAGAAGAAAUUAACACCACACUGAACCAGGCCGGUGUGUCCUUGUCACCUCCUCGAAAAAUUCCUUUUGCUCUCGGGGUGAAAAGAAAAACCAAAAAGCGCCUCGUCAUCAACGGUCCUCCUGCUGUGCCAUCUGCCGCCCCUGCUAUUCCAGCUUCAUUACCUUUAGAAUCCUCGAUCUCAACAGCUCAUUCCCAGGAAAAAUCGAAAGACGACAACGCCAUUGCGGAAAACGCAAUAGACGAGUCGGCACAACAACCCAAUGGCGUGGAAGUCGACGCAACGAAGCCUAUUCAGAAUGGAAAAGUUGACGUCACACCUUCCACACCCAAAGUUAAACCUUCCAGCUGGGCUGCUUUGCUCAAGUCCUCCGAUUCAGCCAAAGUUAAACCCAAUGCAGCGCUUGCUAAACCCUCGCAAGUCGUCAAACCCGCCAAAGUCGUGCCUCCUGCUGCUUCGAUUCCCAGAUUGUCAGGCAUUGGAGAUAUGAUUCAAAAUUAUCAACCUUCUUCGGAGGGUCCUCUUUUGGAGCCUCGCGGUCUUAUCAACAACGUGAACACUUGUUUCAUGAACGUUAUCCUUCAACCUUUGUCCCAUUGUCCGCCGUUCUACAAUUUGUUCAAAGAUAUCAGUACGCAUGUUGCUCACACAUUCAAGAGCAAAACACCGUUAACCGAUUCCAUUAUUGAAUUCAUCAACGAAUUUCGACUUCAGCCCAAGAAUGUCUUCCAAAACGAGGAAUAUGGCGAGCCAUUUGUUCCGGAAUAUGUGUAUGACGCCUUGCGCGGAAAGAAACGAUUUGAUUCACUGAAGGGCCGUCAAGAAGAUGCAGAGGAGUUUUUGUGCUUCCUGUUGGAUGGACUUCAUGAGGAGAUGGUUUCUGUGCUGAAGGAACAUAAUGAGAAGUUGGCAAAACUUGCUGCUGAUGGAACGGAUGAUGAAUGGUUGGAAGUAGGACCGAAAAAUAAAACGAGCAAUUUGCGAUCGACCGGCUUCGAAGAAUCACCGAUUAGCAAUAUCUUUGGAGGCAAAAUCCGGUCUGUUUUACGGUGUCCCGGCGCAAAAGACUCGGCUAACCUGGAACCGUUCCAAUCGUUACCCUUGGAUAUCCAACCUGAGAAUGUUGCCUCAAUUCAAGAUGCCAUUCAUAACAUGACAGUGCCUGAGAUCAUGCAUGAUUUCAUGUCGCACAAGGGAGUUCGAGUGGAGGCGACAAAGCAGAUCUUUUUUGAGAGCCUGCCGCUUGUUCUCGUUUUACAUUUGAAACGAUUUGUGUUUGAUAAUGUGGGUGGUGUGCAGAAAUUACAGAAACACGUAACCUACGAGCCACAACUCACCAUUGAUCGAGAAUGGAUGACACCUGCAGCGAGGACAUCAAGUCCCAUUACUUAUCAACUUUUUGGCGUUAUUUAUCAUCAUGGCGCGUCUGCUGGUGGCGGGCAUUACACAUGUGAUAUCAAGAGGCAGAACGGCGAAUGGCUUCAUAUUGACGAUACGGCCAUCAUACCUGUUUCUCAGGAGGAUGUUUUGGUCACGGAGGAAAAUACCCGUACAUCUGAGAAAUUGCACACUGAUCAGACAGCUUACAUUUUGUUUUACAUGAGAACAUAAGUAUCAAAAAAGAAAAAAAAAGUAAUAAUCAAUAAAAAAAAAAGACUAAGGGG